AUGGGCACAACAGAGGCAACUCUACGAAUGGAGAACAUGGAAGUAAAAGAUGAGUGGCAGGAUGAAGACUUUCCCAGACCUCUACCAGAGUACGGAGACAUGGAUCCCUCCUGUGGUCUGACAGACGACAGAGCCUCUCCGCCCAACUCCCUGCACGUGAGCCCACCUGGAGGAGGAGGAGGAGGAGGCAAUGUGUCCGCAUCCCACCGUAAACGCCGCACGCUGGUGGCCCCGGAGAUGAACCUGUCCCUGGAUCAGAGCGAAGGGUCUCUGCUGUCGGACGACUUCCUGGACACGCCGGACGACCUGGACAUCAACGUGGACGACAUUGACACGCCCGAUGAGACGGACUCAUUGGAGUUCAUCACCAACGGCAACGACCUGGAGUGGGAAGAUGAUACCCCGGUGGCCUCAGCCAAAGCAGGUCCUGCUGACAAGCCGGGGGAAGCGGGAGAGGACGGGAAUGCAAACAACGGGCGCAUGUGGAGGACUGUGAUCAUCGGGGAGCAGGAGCAUCGCAUCGACAUGCAGAUCAUCAGACCCUACCUGCGGGUCAUCACACAUGGAGGUUAUUACGGGGAAGGCCUAAAUGCCAUCAUUGUGUUCUCUGCCUGCUACCUGCCGGACAGCAGCUGUCCAGACUACCACUACAUCAUGGAGAACCUCUUCCUAUAUGUGGUGAGUAGCCUGGAGAUGCUUGUGGCAGAAGAUUAUUUGAUCAUUUACAUGAACGGAGCCACUCCUCGGAAUAAGAUGCCCGGGAUCAGCUGGCUCAAAAAAUGCUACCAGAUGAUUGACAGAAGACUGAGGAAGAACCUCAAGUCUCUGAUCAUCACCCAUCCCACUUGGUUCAUACGAACUGUUCUGGCCAUAUCCAGGCCCUUUAUCAGUGUGAAAUUCAUGAAUAAGAUCCAGUAUGUCCACAGUCUAGAUGAACUGGCAGAGAUUGUUCCCAUGGAGCACGUCCAUGUUCCAGAGUGUGUAGUGCAAUUUGAUGAAGAACGGAUUAAAGCCCGGAAAGAAAGGUAA